AAAAGACAUGAAACUUUAGCACUGGAGAGGAAAAAGGAAGGGGUGGAAACCGUCUCAUCUCGCCGCGGCCGCGCGCCACCGAACCGACCACCGGCCGGCUUCCCCCGGUGAGAGGAGUGGAGACAAGCGAGCAAGGCAAAGCCACCGCCGUCCUUGCGAUACCCCAUCCGCCAUCCCGCCGGACCUCCCAGGAGGCCAGGAGAGGGUGGGAGGGGGCAGAGGGAUCUCGCCUUCGCUUGAUCGCUUCGCUGCCGCACCGCGCACCACCCCUCUUCAUGGCACCAACUAGGGCCCGCGAGUCCACGCCUCCUCCUCCUCCUCCUCACGGUGACCUCUGGUGAGCCUCAUAGCCUCGUCGGGUCGCAUGGACGUAGCCUCGACCGCCUCCGCCUCGGGCGGGGGAAGGUGGUACACGGGCAUGUCGGCGGACAACAUCAAGGGCCUGGUGCUCGCCCUCUCCUCCAGCCUCUUCAUCGGCGCCAGCUUCAUCAUCAAGAAGAAGGGCCUCAAGAAGGCCGCCUCCUCCGGCGUCAGGGCCGGGGUUGGUGGCUAUUCGUACUUAUAUGAGCCUCUUUGGUGGGUUGGCAUGAUAACAAUGAUUGUUGGGGAGGUUGCAAAUUUUGCAGCUUAUGCAUUUGCUCCAGCUAUUCUGGUCACUCCUCUUGGCGCUCUUAGCAUUAUUAUCAGUGCUGUCCUUGCGCAUGUAAUGCUACGGGAGAAAUUGCACAUCUUUGGCAUUCUUGGAUGUGUCCUAUGUGUUGUGGGAUCCACCACAAUUGUCCUUCAUGCUCCACCAGAGCGUGAAAUUGAGUCUGUGACUGAAGUGUGGGAUCUGGCUACGGAACCAGCCUUCAUGUGCUAUGCAGCAGUGGUAAUUGCUAUUGUGGUCAUACUUGUUUAUCGGUUUGUCCCCCUUUAUGGGCAGACACAUGUCAUGGUCUAUAUAGGUGUUUGUUCUCUUGUUGGUUCCAUCUCGGUCAUGAGCGUGAAAGCUCUUGGUAUAGCAUUGAAGCUGACCUUUUCAGGAACGAACCAACUGACAUAUCCACAGACAUGGGCAUUUACUCUGGUUGUCAUCUCAUGUGUCAUUACCCAAAUGAAUUACUUGAACAAGGCACUUGACACUUUUAAUACAGCAGUUGUGUCACCCAUUUAUUAUACCAUGUUCACAUCUUUAACUAUCUUGGCUAGUGUCAUCAUGUUCAAGGAUUGGGAUAGACAAAAUCCAACACAAAUUGUGACAGAGAUGUGUGGCUUUGUUACGAUCCUUUCUGGAACUUUUCUUCUACAUAAAACAAAAGACAUGGCUGAUGGUGGUACAAUCUUGUCGCUAUACCGACAUCCCCAUCUUCCUUUGUGGAUUGGCAUGUUGUGCAACCAUAUUAUUUUCGUCUGUGAAUGUAGGGCUUUCAACUUCAUCUUCCUUCCGUCUUCCUACAUCUUCAUCAGCGCGGUUCUCAAAGCAAACAGAUAAUGAUGGUGAAGGAAUUCCUUUGAGCUCGUCAGAAUCAUUCCGGUCACCACAUUGAUGCAUGUUUGCUAAUCAUUAAUUCACACGAGUUAGGGUAUAUAUAUGGAUAUGGAUGAGCUUAUACCAAGGCUACAAUACAAUGUAGAGAACCCCUCUUCUUUCUAUUUUACAUGGAACUAUAAAGCAGUCAUGCAGGGUGUUGACACAAAAAAUUGGCAAAUAUCAAGGUUUGCUGGAUAAUCUGAACGAACCGGUUAGACCAGUCAUGUAAAUCGGUCAGACCGGUCUGGGUAACAAUGUCAAAAUGCCAAUCGGACUGCAUCAUUGCGUA